AAGUACAACAGUGAGCUGGCGAAGGUGGUCGAAUUUCGAGAGAGCGUCAAGGAGGAUAAGAAAGAGACAAAGACCAGGAAGGCUAAGUACGGCGAGUACGACGAGUUCGAUGAUUUCGACGAGUACGACGAGCACGGCGUAAAGUUGGUCGAAGUUCGAGAUCGUGCCAUCAAGGGAAAGAAAGCGGACGGCAGCGAGUACGGCGAGUGCGACUACGACGGGCACGACGUGGAGUUGGCGAAGUCGGUCGAAGUUCGAGAGUGUGACGAGAAGGAUGAGAAAGAGGCAAAGACCACGAAGGCUAAGUACGGCGAGUGCGACGAGUUCGACGAAUACGACAAGCGCGGCGACGGCAGCGAGUACGGCGCGAACGACUACGAUGAGUACGACGUGGAGUUGGCGAAGUCGGUCCAAGUUCGAGAGUGUGACAAGAAGGAUAAGAGUAAGACACAGACCACAAAGGCUAAGUAUGGCGAGUACUGCGAGUUCGACGAGUACGACGAGCACGAUGCAAAGCUGGUCGAUGUUCGAGAGCGUGGCAAGAAGCAUAAGACAGAGGACGGCUGCAAGUGCGGCGUGCGCAGCUACGAUCAGCGCUGCGUGGAGUUUGCGAAGUUUGUCGAA